CCUGCGCGGCCCCGCUGCCGCCCGUUCCAUGGGCGCCGCGCUCGCCUGCAGCCGCCGCCGCCGCGGGGCGGGCGCGAUGCCGCGAUGGGCCUGAUCUGGCUGCUGCUGCUCAGCCUGCUGGAGCCCGGCUGGCCCUCGGCGGGCCCCGGGGCGCGGCUGCGGCGCGAUGCGGGCGGCCGCGGCGGCGUCUACGAACACCUCGGCGGGGCGCCCCGGCGCCGCAGGCUCUACUGCGCCACCAAGUUCCACCUCCAGCUGCACCCGGGCGGCCGCGUCAACGGCAGCCUGGAGAACAGCGCCUACAGCAUCCUGGAGAUCACGGCGGUGGAGGUGGGCAUCGUGGCCAUCAGGGGGCUCUUCUCCGGGCGGUACCUGGCCAUGAACAAGAGGGGCCGGCUCUACGCUUCGGAGCACUACAGCGCCGAGUGCGAGUUCGUGGAGCGGAUCCACGAGCUGGGCUACAACACGUACGCCUCGCGGCUGUACCGGACGGCGCCCGGCGGGGCGGGGGCGCGGCGGCAGCCCGGCGCCGAGAGACUGUGGUACGUGUCUGUGAACGGCAAGGGCCGGCCCCGCAGGGGCUUCAAGACGCGCCGCACGCAGAAGUCCAGCCUGUUCCUGCCGCGCGUGCUGGACCACAAGGACCACGAGAUGGUGCGGCUGCUCCAGGGCGGCCCGGCCAGGGCCCCGGGCAGGGGCGCUCCGCCCGGGAGGCCCCGGGGGCCCGCGAAGCCCUCCCGUGCCCCGGCCCCACAGCCCGGCUCCAGGCUCAUGGCUGGGGUGGCCUAG